AUGACUCCUGAAGCUCUCAAUACUAUCGCCGCCAGUCACCCUCUGGGUAGCUUGACCGGCAAGAGCCCUGCUAUGCAGAGGAAGCCGUUUCAGGCCUGGAGUGCACUCGACGAUGUGAAGAAUAAGACCGACAGCAUUGCCCACGAGGCCAGUCGCGAGUUCAAUGUUGCUAGCCAGAAGGCUCAGGAGAAGACCGGCAAGAUUGAGCCUGGCUCUCUGAAGUACUAUGCAGCUUGCACGUUUGGUGGAUUGUUGGCCUGUGGCCUCACCCACACCGCUGUGACCCCACUGGAUCUGAUCAAAUGCCGUCGCCAGGUUGAUUCCAAGCUGUACCAGAGCAAUCUGCAGGCUUUCCGGACGAUUCGAGCCGCCGAAGGUAUUCGAGGUGUCUUUACGGGUUGGAGUCCUACUUUCUUCGGCUACAGUGCCCAAGGAGCUUUCAAGUACGGAGGGUAUGAGUACUUCAAGAUCUUUUACAGUGACUUGGUCGGACAGGAGAACGCCACUCGGUUCAAGACUGCGAUUUACUUGACUGCCAGUGCUUCCGCCGAGCUCAUCGCCGAUAUUGCGCUAUGCCCCUUCGAAUCGGUCAAGGUCCGUGGCCAGACUACCAUUCCCCCUGAGAUUACUGGUACUUUCAGCGGCAUUUCAAGCGUUGUUGCUAAGGAGGGUGUUGCUGGUUUGUACAAAGGUCUCUAUCCGCUAUGGGGUCGUCAGGUUCCAUACACCAUGAUGAAGUUUGCUUCCUUCGAAACAAUUGUUGAAAUGAUCUACCACAACCUGCCUGGCCAGAAGUCGGAUUACAACAAGGGUGCCCAGACGGUCGUUGCUUUCUCUGGUGGUUACCUCGCCGGUAUUCUGUGUGCUGCGGUCUCGCACCCGGCUGAUGUUAUGGUCAGCAAGCUCAAUGCGAAUCGACAGGCGGGUGAGGCCUUUGGUGCUGCUAUGAGCCGUAUCUAUGGCGACAUUGGCUUCCGCGGUCUGUGGAACGGACUGCCUGUUCGUAUUGUUAUGAUCGGUACUUUGACUGGACUCCAGUGGAUGAUCUAUGAUUCCUUCAAGAUCUUUAUGGGUCUUCCCACCACCGGAGGCUCCAGCGAAGACAAAAAGAAGGCCAACUAG